ACCAGAGUGGGUUGGGGCCUCCUUGCAGGGCUGGAGUUGGCCCAGGGAGAGGGCAGUGUCCCAAUCUUAGAGAUCUCUCCUGGCUUCUCGGGGUGACGGGGUUUGGAGGAGCUUCCUGAGGGACACUUGUAGCUGCCUAGAUAGAAUUGGGGGAUCCCAGCAGGAUGGUUUCUGUUCCAAUCCCACCAUGUCCUAGGACAGCUGCAAGGGUUCCUGGGGCUUCAGCCUGAGAGAAGUCCCUGUGGUUUGACCUGGCAUCCUUCUGCCGGGCUCCCUGCUGUGGCCUGGUCUGCGGUCCUGAUGCCCUCCUUCCACAGUAGGUGUCAGGCAGGGGGUGGAGAGUAGGGGGAUUCGCCUGAAAUCUUCCCUCAGUCACUUCCCCCACCUGCUCUCCGGGCAGGCAGAGGCCUUCACAGACAUGGGGGCCUCCCCACAAAAUGUUCCAUCCAGAGCCAGCCCUUCUGCCUGUGGGCCCCACAGCCUGGGCCUGAUGGGCUUUUGCCACACAAGACGGUGUGAGUGAGAGGGCUCUGGGCUUCAAGACUCCCCAGGAAUGUGGCAGGCCCUAGGUGGCGGGACAGUGUUGUUCCUGAGCCAGGCUGAGGCUGCUCCCCGAGCUGGGGUGAGUACCCCUGGGGUACCCCUCAGACCCUCCCAGGGACUGCAUGGGGACAUCGCAGGAAGUGCCAGCUGCCAAUCAGGAGCCACGCCCUAUGUCCAGCUCAGGGACGGCCUGCCCAGAGGCUGCAUCCACCCUCAUCACCCUCCGCAGCCCAGCACACUGCCCCAGCCAGGCCCUGAUGUGGCCUUGCCAGGACCCAGCCCCAUCUAGUUCCCAGCUCUGCACUGUGCUGGGAAGAGCGUGGUUGCAGGUGGUCAGGCCUGCCUUCCUUGGCUGGUGGUCAUCCUCCUCCUCCCAGAAACCCUCAGCACUGGUCUAGGUAGCUCAGCAGUUCCUCCAGGGCUGGGGGCUCAAGGAAGAGACGAAGAAGGGUUGCUGCAGAGGUCCCCAAGGAGGGUGAGGAAGGCAGUGCCGGGAGGAAGAUGACAGGGAGGGAAGGGAGAGAGCAAGAGCACCCUGGACCCUGGACGGGUGUGAACAGUGGGGCUUGUAAGGUCUCAGGGGAAGCCUGAAGGGGAUCUCCAGAAAGCUGGGUUUCUCUAAGAAACAGACAAAGGGGGAGCUCUGAGGGACCCCCUGCCAGGGCCACUUGCCUAUCACACAGUGGAGGAAGAGUCCCCCGGCCUGAACCUGUCUUCCAUAAGCUUAGGAGACUACAGCCCAGCCUGGUCCCUGUGGGACUUGGAGCCAAACAUCUUGGGAUCCAGAAAGUAUCCCGACAUCCAGCCUGCUCCGUGCUGCCCGGCCUCAAGUGUCAGAGCCAGCAGCAGCGACAAAGGGGGCCCUGAGAGUGUGUGGUGCACUGUGCUGUGAUGCAUGGUUGAGCCUGAGACCCAGAGACCAGAGUGCUGUUGGCUCAGUGUGCAUGGAAAUUGAGGCCUGAGGGAGCUGAUGUGCUCCAGGGGAAGAGCUGAGUCAGCCCAGCAGCAGCACCUGCUUCCCCUCCGGUGGCCCCAGGCGCCCAGGACACGCCCCAGCACCCAUGGCCCAAAGUAAGGUUUCAGCUUUGAAUGGACCUGGAUUUGAAUCCUGGGGGUCCCUCCCUGGCCGUGUAGUGCCUGUGUGGCUCACACUGAGCAUCAGGUACGUGAGAAGAGUGAGGAGGCCUACAAGGAUGUGAAGAUUGUAAACCAGGAGGCUCCCAAGGCCUGAGCAACUCUUCCCAGAUGGUCUUAUCUUACAACAAGUCAGGAGCUGGAGGGGCCACCUCACCCUGGAGAGGGUUGGCAGAGUCUCCUACGGAGGGAGCCCUGUAGGCCACCAAAGCUUCCCGCUCCAGCGACCACCCCAGGCAAAGGCCAGCAGAAACCCGUUAGAGAUGGGCCCAGGACUGUGUGCGGGGUGCCCACUGUUGCUCUGAGCCUUCACUUCCUUCUGUGUCCAAGGAAGCUUCUGGAUCAGCCAAGGGCUCAGGUGGCCCCUCCACAGGGCCCCUCUCCUGCCUGGACGGCUCUGCUGGUCUCCCCAUCCCCUGGAGGAGAGCAAGGCCAUGGGCUGGCCCCUGCUGCUGCCCCUGCUGUUGCCACCAGCAUUUCUGCAGCCUGGUGGCUCCGCGGGAUCCGGUCCAAGCGGCCCUUUUGGGGUCACUCAACCAAAACACCUCUCAGCCCCUAUGGGUGGCUCCGUGGAAAUUCCCUUCUCCUUCUAUCACCCCUGGGAGUUAGCCACAGCUCCCAACAUGAAAAUAUCCUGGAGACGAGGCCACUACCACGGGCAGUUCUUCUACAGAACAAGGCCAGCUUUCAUUCACGAGGAUUACUCGAACCGGCUCUUUCUGAACUGGACAGAGGGUCAGGACCACGGGCUCCUCAGGAUCUCGAACCUGCGGAAGGAGGACCAGUCUGUGUAUUUCUGCCGAGUCCAGCUGGACACACGGAGAUCAGGGAGGCAGCAGUGGCAGUCCAUUGAGGGGACCAAACUCACCAUCACCCAGGCUGUCAUGACCACCACCACCUGGAGGGCCAGCAGCCCGACUACCACCUGGAGGCCCAGCAGUGCAACCACCACAGCUGGACUCAGGGUCACAGAAGGCAAAGGGCACUCAGAAUCAUGGCACCUAAGUCUGGACACUGCUGUCAGUGUAGCAUUGGCUGUUGCUGUGCUCAAAACUGUCACUUUGGGACUGCUGUGCCUCCUCAGGUGGAGAAGAAGGAAAGGUGACAGGAUCUCAUAUGUAGAAAAUCCUAAGUAUUGCACAAAAAUACCUGUUGAACGAAUGAAUUCAGCAAAGUUCCAGGAAACCAAUUUAACAUACAAGCAAAAAGGUCAGCAGCAGACUAAAGCCACAACUCCAGCCAGGGUGUGGGGAGAAGGGAUGUGUAUUAGCCCCGGAGGACGUGCUGUGAGACCCACUUGUGAGUACUCUACACUGGUUCCCCAUUGGCAAGAUACAUGGAGAGCAUCCUGAGGACCUAAAAAAGGCAGAGCCGCAAGGCAGAAGGAGCCUGGGUCCCUGAAUCACCAACUGGAGGAGAGAUACCUACAAGAGCCUUCAUCCAGGAGCAUCUACUCUGCAGUGACACAGAAAUUGAGGUCUGAACUCCACUGAAUUAAACCACUGGCAUUCGGGGGCUGUUCAUUAUAGCAGUGCUACGAGUUCCUUUAUCUUCCCCAAGGAUGGAAAAAAAAAGCAAUUUAUUUUGCUUACCGUACACCCCUUUUCUCCUCGUCCACAUUUUCCAAUCUGGAAGACACGGUGGCUGUCUUCUCCUAUGGCAGGGGUUUUGGGGAAUAAACAGUGUGAAACGCUGC